AUGUCAGCACAACCAGCAAAUGGAGGUGGUGUACCAAUUCAGAUGUCACCCCAACGUUCACCAGUCGCCAUAAGUAUUGCCAAUUAUUUAUUUCAAAAUCCAAUUUUAAAACAAAGAACCGGAUUAUUAGAAAAUACCAAUGAUGUUGAUUUCUUUAGAUAUAAACGAUUUGAAAGAGCAUUAUUAAGUGAAGAUUAUAAAACCAAGCUUCAAAAUCCCAAGAAUGGAUUAAUCCCAAUUAAAGAUUCUCAAGAAGUUCAAAGAAUUUUAAUUUUAUUAAUUCAAAAUCAAUUAAUUAUUCCAAUUCAAAAAUUACAUUAUGCUGAAAUUAAAGCUAUAAAAGGUUGGAAACCAAAUAAACAAAAACCAACAAUAAAGAAAUCAGAUAAAGCAUUAAUUGAUCCUAAUGCUUAUUAUGGUUGGUUAUAUCUGAAACCAAAUCCUUAUAUUUUAUUAUAUAGUUUAUUAGCAAUUUCAGGUGUAUUUGCAAUUAUAUUAUUCCCAUUAUGGCCAACUUCGAUGAGAAGAGGUGUAUGGUAUCUUUCAAUGGGUGCAUUAGGGUUGAUUGCUUUGUUUUUCGGUAUUGCAAUAGUAAGAUUGAUCAUUUAUUUAGUGUCAUUGGUAGUAUGUCCAAAACCAUUCUGGUUAUUCCCUAAUUUAUUUGAAGAUUGUGGAGUUAUUGAAAGUUUCCAACCAGUUUAUGGAUGGGAAGAACCCAAGAAAAAGAAGUCAAAGAAGUCUAAAAAGAAGGACGGUAAAGGAGAAUCAGCUAAUAAUGGUCAAUCAGAUUCUGCUGCUACUGCUUCAGGCUCUCAGGUUUCAAACGGAGGUGCUGAAAAGAGAAAAGUCAGAUUGGAAGAAGUUGAUGAGUAA